AAAAAAAAAAUAUAACGUUGACAAUACGUUUGCGUCAACUUGUAAAUACAUGUGUACAUAUGUAGCCAAUAUUAUUUAUAACAAUUUUGUAGUCUGUUAAAUAAAAAAAAUUAAUUAAAAAACUAAUUAAAUUUACAAUAAAUAAAAAUACUCGAAAAAGUGAGUAAAUGAAUAAUGGAUGUUGAUAAUCACAGUGAACAAAGUGGAGUAAAAAAAAAUCCAAAUGAUUUGGAUGAAUUCAGUUUUUCUGACGAGGAUAAUGAUAGUGACACAUUGAAUAUAAAACCACCACAAGUAAAAAUGCAUAGAUACAAAUCAAGUUUAUUAUCACACAGAAGAGAUAGGCACAAUGAUAAAAAUGAUAGAAGAAAUGAUAAUAAAGAAUAUAAAUCAUCACGUUAUUAUGAGAGAGAAGAACGACACAGGAAUAGACAUAGACAUCGUAGUAGACACAGUGGUGGUGGUGGUGGUGGUAUUGAUGGAUUAGAUAGAUCAGAAAGUAAUAGAAUUAUAGAAGGUCGUGAUUUACAUAUUGAUGAACGUAGAUAUGCACAAAUGUAUGAUGAACAACAACACCACCACCACCAACAACAACAACAGCAUUACAUUGACACUAAUAUUGUGGUUGAACAAUCAAUUGAAAAACAACGACAAGAAAAACGACAUAAAAGAAAUCAUAAACAUGAUAAAAUACGUGAUAGAGAAAAAAUUGAACGUGAUAGUAGAGAAUUUCGUGAACAACAAUUACGUGAAAUUAUGGCAAUAAUACCAUCUGAUGAAAUUGAGUCAAUGGAUACUAUGGAACCACAAAUUUCAGUAAAAGAGCCAAGAGAAAUGACUGAACAAGAAUUAUCCAGAGACAGAUUACUAGAAGCUGAACAAGAAAAAGCUAGAAGAAAAGAGCUGUUGAGAUUUGAUUUAGAGGCUCAAAGAUUAAAUCGUGGUAAAAAACGUUCACGUAGUCCAGAACAUGGUACUGAUUUUUUAACUGUUGAAUUAUCAGAUGAGAGUAUUAGAUCUCGACGAUCUGGUAAUCAAUCAAAUUCACCACGAUCGACUGGAAGAAAUUUGUCAAAUGAUCGUAAUAACGAGCAAGAAAAAUCCUCAGACGGAGCUACCUCUGAUACAUCGACUUCACAUAGUAAUGAUGAAGACGAUGAUAAUAAUGUAAAUAAUAACGCUUCAAAUGAUUCAGAUAAAACAUCAGUCGAUGGAUCAAAUGUUGAUUCUGAUGAUAAUAAUCCAAGUCCAUUAUCAGUUGAUCGUUUAGCAAAAUCAGAUCAUUCUGAUGGUGAUUCACCAGGUCAUAUUGAGUCAAAUGGUGUGUCACAAAAUACAACGAUAGUCGAUGAUUUACCAGUAGAUGAAAAUAAUCAUGAAGAUAAUAAAAAAGAUGACAACAAUGAUUACACUGAAAAGAAAUCAUUGGAAGAAAAUGACAAUGGAGAUGAAUUACCACCAUAUUUACCAGCAAUACAAGGUUGCCGUAGUGUUGAAGAAUUUCAGUGUUUAAAUAGAAUUGAAGAAGGUACAUAUGGUGUAGUGUAUAGAGCGAAAUGUAAAAGAACAAAUGAAAUAGUUGCAUUGAAAAGAUUAAAAAUGGAAAAAGAAAAAGAAGGUUUUCCAAUAACAAGUUUACGUGAAAUAAAUACAUUGUUAAAAGCACAACAUGAAAAUAUUGUGACUGUACGUGAAAUUGUUGUUGGUAGUAAUAUGGAUAGAAUAUUUAUUGUUAUGGAUUACGUUGAGCAUGAUUUAAAAUCAUUGAUGGAAACAAUGAAACAAAAGAAACAAGUAUUUAUACCUGGUGAAGUUAAAUGUUUAAUGCAACAAUUAUUAAAAGCUGUACUUCAUUUACAUGACAAUUGGAUAUUGCAUCGUGAUUUAAAAACAUCAAAUUUAUUAUUAAGUCAUCGUGGUAUAUUAAAAGUUGGUGAUUUUGGUUUGGCACGUGAAUAUGGUUCACCAUUACGUCAGUAUACACCAGUUGUUGUAACACUUUGGUACAGAGCACCAGAAUUAUUAUUGAAUUAUAAAGAAUACAGUACACCAAUUGACAUGUGGUCUGUUGGUUGUAUAUUUGCUGAACUUGUACGUAUGGAAGCAUUAUUUCCAGGUAGAACAGAAAUCGAUCAGCUACAAAAAAUAUUUAAAGAACUAGGUACACCAAAUGAUAAAAUUUUGCCAGGUUACAGUAAGCUGUCAAUCGCACAACCAUUUUCAAUGACAGCAUAUUCUCUUGAUAAUCUACGUCAACGUUUUGGCUUAACAUUAACAACAAAUGGUAUUGAUUUAUUAACCAAAUUAUUGACAUAUGAUCCAUCAAAAAGAUUAACUGCUGAAGAUUCAUUGAGACAUGAGUAUUUUAAAGAAGCACCAUAUGCUAUUGAUCCUGAAAUGUUUCCAACUUGGCCAGCUAAAUCAGAACUCGGUGUUAAAACUAAAAAUGCAUCACCAAAGCCACCAAGUGGCGGUGGUCAAUAUAAACAACUUGGCGAUGGUGAUGAACCAGUAGAAUUAAAUUCAUCAGGAGGAUUUCAUAUGGGCAUUACGACUAAACGUGGAAGAUCACCUCCAGUUGCUGGUGCUGGCUUUCAUUUAAAAUUUUAAUUGUACUUUACAUUUUAAUUGCGUAAUACAUUUUAUUUUACAAUUUUAUAAAUAUUUUUCAUUUGCCAUAGUAAAUAAUUUAUUUACAGAAUUACAAUCGUUUUUUAUUUUUUUUUCAUUUUUUUUAAUUUUCAAUUUCUUUGGUGAAAAUAUUCAUCUGCAAUUGGUCCAUCGUAGAAACAAGCCUAGAAAAUUAUUUCGAAUUUCUCCGACAAUUUUUUUUCUAUAGAAAAACCGAGCUGUUGAUAAUUUCUAUCAAAAAUUUUAAUUGUUUGUUAAAAAUUAAUACAUUUCUAACACUCAUCGUUCAAAUUAUAACAACAAUUCCCAGUAAUAAUUAAAACAACUAAAAAAAUAAAGCUCAACAGUCAAUUAUGAUUUUAUUUUAAUCAAAUUUUAUCAUGAUCAUUACAUUGUUUAGAUAACAAUCAAGCAAGACUAGAAUUCCAUUGACUAAUUUUUAAAAUAUUAUUUCCUUUUCGUUAAUUUAUUUUCCAGCAUUAUUCAUAUUUUUUGGUAAUCCUAAAAUUGAAUUAAUCAAUUCUGAAUUACGUUUUGUGUGACAAAUACGUUGAGGAAGCAUUAGUAUUCUUGCAAGCUGAAGUUCAUUGUCCUAAAAAAUAAUAAUACAAUUAACAAUACAAAUAUAUAUUUUAUUUUAAAUAAAAAUAAUUACCACUUCUCUUGCAUAUUGAUAAUUUGAUGAAUCUAAUUCACGCUCAUCAACACUAGUACCAACUGCAAAAUUUAUCAACACAAACAACAAUAAAAUAAUCAUGAUGCACAAACAACUGGUAUUCAUAUUUAAUUAUUUUUUUUUUCUGUAAAUAAGUAAUUAAUAUUUUUUUUUAUCCUCUAUUUAUCAGCUUCCAAUAUUUCUAUUGUUUUUUUUUUUAUGAAUUUAUUAUUCAGACAAUGAUUCUUCUUUGAAAUUUCAAAUAUUUAUAAAAAUUUUAUCCACAGACAAUGCCCUUUUAUACUAUUCAUAAAUUCAUGGCUAAUUAAAUUCUGUCUUUUACAGCUUAUCAAUGCUCAUGACAGGUACUAAAUGUAUUUUUUUUUAUAAAAAUUAUGCUUCAUUUAAUUCUACCCUUAUUCUUCUUCUUCUUCUUACAUAAAUAAUUAUUUUUAUAUAUUUACAUUUAAAUAAUCUUCAUCGAGUAUAAAUUUUUUAUUUUAUUAUAAUCUCUUUUAUUUAUUUCGUAAAAAGCUUUUUUUAGUUUUCUUUUUUUUCGAAUUUUACGAUGAGUCAGAUAUUUUGGUAAUACUCGACAUAAUCAUCACAGAGAUCACUUAAAAAAAACCUGAUUUUAUAUAUGCAAAAAAUAUAUAAAAAUAAUAAAAAUUUCAAGGUGAAAUAUAAAGUCAAAAAACUCCUUAAACAAUUAUAAUAAUUUUCAAAUUUUUAAUUGUUAAAAACGUCUAUUAUUAUUUAAUUUAAAAAUAUAAUAAAUUUUCUUGAUUUUCUCAUUUUUAUUUCAACAAUAAAUAAUCGACAUAAAUUUAUAUAAUUUAUAUAAUAUAUAUAAUUUAAAAAAAAAAAAAAAAAAUUUAAUUUGUAUUUAUUAUUGAAUUUUUUUUUUCAAAAUAAGUAUUGGCUAUAUACAAUGAUGAUUGGUCACAAAUAAGCCAGAAAAACCAGCUCUUGAGUUUGGCCUGAAAAGGCCUUGAACUGUCUUUGAAUUUUUUUUAAACCAGCAACAUCAACGACACCACGAAAAAGAGCUGGAUGCUACAAUCAAAGUCAUUCAACCUGUUCCAGUUUGAGUACUUGUAUUAUUUAUUUUUUCUAAAACUAAAUAUCCAUUUCUAAUUUGAAUUAAUAUUAUCAUUAUACAUCUCAAUCAUUCAGCUUAAACAUGACACCAUUAAUACCAAAAAAAAAAAAAAAAAAA